CCCAACCAUCACUCAAACUCUCAGUGUGCCUGUCUCGGCUGCUUCCGCAGCUUUAGAUUGCAAGAGCAGGUUCCCUCAGGACUUCGAAUCUGGAUCGCGCUCACAGAAAGUCCACAUGUUAGUUGCCUCUCGUAGUCGCGCUGCUUAGUUUCGACAGGUUUCAGGCUCCUGGAAGUCUUUUGCAACCAGGUUUCCGGGCCAGCUUGAACAGCACUUGUUCGGUACUGUUUAGAAGUUGAACUUUGAAGUGCGCAACGAGAUAGUAUUUCGAGAAGUAUCGACAAUGGGUUCCUUGGGAAGACAAGGAUGUUUAUUGGUCGGUGUCUUGUUUUACUUGAGCAUGGCUAUCGGCGCUCAAGCUCAGAGUUACCCAGGACUUCAGGCUGCAUUCAAUUCUUGGACGCCGAAGCAGAUUAUCCCGGAUAAGAAUGGAAGGAAAGUGCAACUCGUGCUUAACAAUUCAUCUUCGGCAUAUACUGGCAUGGGAUCUAAGCAAUCGUGGCUGUUUGGGGGUAUCGGGGCCUGGAUCAAGCUCCCCGCUAACGAUUCCGCUGGAACUGUCACCACAUUCUACAUGUCAUCUACUGGGCCGAAGCAUUGCGAGUUCGACUUCGAGUUCCUAGGCAACUCCAGCGGCCAACCUUACCUUCUCCAUACCAACAUCUUCGUCGACGGCGUCGGAGGCCGCGAGCAGCAGAUCCGCCUAUGGUUUGACCCCACUGCAGCAUUCCACUACUACAACUUCCAGUGGAACAACGACGUGCUAGUGUUCUUCAUUGACAACACAGCCAUCCGCAUGUUCAGGAACCUAGAAGGCAUCGUGCCCAACUUCAUGUACCCCAACAAGUGUCCCAUGGGGUUGUACCUGAGCAUCUGGGAUGGCAGUAGCUGGGCGACUUGCGGGGGUCGCGUGAAGCUCAACUGGGGCAAGGCGCCAUUCAUCGCGACAUACGAGAACUUUCGGCUCAAUGGCUGCGUUGCCAAGCAAGGUGACCAAGCUAGCAUCACAGCGUGUCAGAACAGUAAGUAUGCACUUAGGCCGCGUAAUCUGCUCGGCAUGUUGCGUAUUCGACAGAUGCGGCAGGUGAGGCGUGACUUGGUGCACUACAACUACUGCGACGACAAGAAGCGAUACAACGAGACCCAGGUUCCGGAAUGCAAAUACAAUGUGUUGUAGCUUCUUAAUCGAGGCUAGUUUGGUCUUGUUGUAGCUUAGCACAAGAAAAAAAAAUGUGAUGAAUUGGAAGAAAACUGCGGUAGGGUCGUCAGAGUGGUGUACAUAAUUCCUUGGCCACCUGUGUGACAAUCUCUAAAAAUGUAGCGUUGCAAGUCUUCGACGCAUCCUAGCUCGUCCCGGGCUUAAUCUCCGCCCAAAUUCUUCAGAGACGUGGCAUUGUGAUUCUUUGAUGAAUCCUGGCUUAUUUCAGGAUCCAUCUCCACUCAAUUGAUAAAACUUAUCUUCGAUUGGAAGAAGCAGCGAAAUGUGGUUACGCAUUUCUGCGUUGUUGAUCAC